AUGUCAACGACUGCGAUCAUUCGAAAUAUGCAUGAUCCAAGAAUGAAUCUGUUGAAUCUUCCUUCCGAACUCAUCGUUCGAAUAUUGGAAUUUAUACUUUCUCGAUUGAAAAAAGACUCAACCAUAUUGUUAAAUAUUUCUUCGGAUGAACAAUUAUAUCAUGACAUAUUAUUUAUGAAUUUAAUUUCCUCUGUCCAUUCACAUUUUUAUCCAAAUCUGAGGAGACCAGUCCUACACGAUCCAAAUUCAUCAUCAUCACAUUCAACGUAUCAAGAACUUGAAACACAUUUCAAUGAAAUUUGGUGGAGACUUUUUGAACGAUUUUGUGGAGAUAAUUUCCUUUCGGAACAAUUUCAUACAUUGAAAGAAUUAAAGAAUUUGGCAAUGAAUAAGGGAUUGAAACGAUGCAUGUGUUUAUUGUAUAAAACUAAAAGACAAAUGAUGAGGCAAGAAGAUGAAAAAAAGGUUGAGGAAUAUCGAAUUAUUCUUCUUGGUGCUGGUGGAGUUGGAAAAUCAAAUCUGAUCAUUCGAUAUGUUUUGAAUCAACAUGUUCCAGAAUAUGAUCCAUUCCUUGAAGAAAGUUUUAGAAAACAAAUUCAAUUAGACAAUAGAACCACAUAUUUAGACAUUUUAGAAACAUCAGAACAUGAUGAUGUCCACAAUUGGUAUCGAAAGCUCAUUAUUGAACAAGCACGUGUUAUUGUUUUAGUAUGUUCUGUGGACAAUUAUGUUUCCUCCAUGAAAUACAUCAAAGAGACAUUUGACAGUAUCUUGAAAGUGAAAAAAUCAUCUGAUUUUCCAUGUAUUUUUGUCAUGAAUAAGAUUGAUCUUGAAAAAGACAGAGAAUCAACUGAAUUUGUGAACGAUGUGUUCGAAAUGGUUCAACAAUACAAGUUGAGUAAUUUUGCAAUUUUUGAAGCAAGUGCAUUGAAUUCAACGAAUACGAAUGCAAUAUUUGAAGAUUGUGUCAGAAGAUUUCGAAAUGGUGGACAUCGAAAUAUUGAACUCUUACAUGAAAUUAUUCAACACGAUGUGAAAGUAUUGAAAAAUUUGGGUCAAUCCAAAAAGUGCUUGUUGAUGUAA